AUGGUUUACUUGAACCAACUGGCGGAGGGGUGUGUGGGGAGCAGCGCGUGCAAUCUGAGGCUCAUGACUUCCUCUCUCCCCUGCCCUGCCACCCCGUCACAAGCCCAGCUCAUCGGUCGCACGCCCAUGGUUUAUUUGAACCAACUGGCGGAGGGGUGUGUGGGGAGCAUCGUGUGCAAGCUUGAGGGCAUGGAGCCGUGUGGAAGCAUCAAGGACCGCGUGGGGUACAGCAUGAUUGCAGAUGCGGAGGAGAAAGGGCUGAUUAAGCCAGGCAAGCCGUGUGGGAGCAUCAAGGACCGCGUGGGGUACAGCAUGAUCGCAGAUGCGGAGGAGAAAGGGCUCAUCACAUCAAGCCAGGCAAGCGUGCAAGGUGCAGCCGUGUGGGAGCAUAGCGUGCAAGGUGCAGCCGUGUGGGAGCAUAGCGUGCAAGGUGCAGCCGUGUGGGAGCAUAGCGUGCAAGGUGCAGCCGUGUGGGAGCAUAGCGUGCAAGGUGCAGCCGUGUGGGAGCAUAGCGUGCAAGGUGCAGCCGUGUGGGAGCAUAGCGUGCAAGGUGCAGCCGUGUGGGAGCAUAGCGUGCAAGGUGCAGCCGUGUGGGAGCAUAGCGUGCAAGGUGCAGCCGUGUGGGAGCAUAGCGUGCAAGGUGCAGCCGUGUGGGAGCAUAGCGUGCAAGGUGCAGCCGUGUGGGAGCAUAGCGUGCAAGGUGCAGCCGUGUGGGAGCAUAGCGUGCAAGGUGCAGCCGUGUGGGAGCAUAGCGUGCAAGGUGCAGCCGUGUGGGAGCAUAGCGUGCAAGGUGCAGCCGUGUGGGAGCAUAGCGUGCAAGGUGCAGCCAGCGUGCUGUUGGAGCCGACAUCGGGCAACACGGCCAUCGCAUUCUAUUCUUGCGUGCUGGUGGAGCCGACAUCGGGCAACACGGGAAUCAGAGAGUGUGCUGGUGGAGCCGACGUCGGGCAACACGGGCAUCGGCUUGACCUCAUGGCAGUCCCUUGUUCUCUUGUGUCCCUCUGGCCCUCUCCCUUUCCUCCCCAGAGCGUGCUGGUGGAGCCGACGUCGGGCAACACGGGCAUCGGCUUGGCGUUCAUAGCAGCGGCGAGGGGCUACAAGCUCGUCCUCACCAUGCCCGCCUCCAUGAGCCUCGAGCGCCGCGUGCUGCUCAAGGCCUUCGGGGCCGAGGUUGUCCUUACCGACCCUGAUGAGGGCAUGAGGGGAGCCAUCAUCAAGGCCAAGGAGAUCGUCAGCCACUCCAAGCACGCCUUCAUGCCUCAGCAGUUUGAGAACGAGGCCAACACCAAGAUUCACUUUGAGACGACAGGGAGGGAGAUAUGGGAGGACACGGAGGGGCGAGUUGAUGCGGUGGUGUGCGGUAUUGGCACUGGUGGCACAGCGAUGGGCGUGGGACAAUAUCUCAAGAGCAAGAAGCCGAGUGUGAAGAUGAUUGCAGUGGAGCCUGAGGAGUCAAAUAUCCUGUCAGGUGGAUACCCAGGACCGCACAUGAUCCAGGGCAUCGGAGCGGGCUUCAUUCCAAGCAUUCUGGAUGAGAGCAUGCUGGAUGAGGUCAUCGCGGUCAGCAGCGACGACUCCAUCCAGAUGGCGCGCCAGCUGGCACUCAAGGAGGGCAUGCUGGUGGGCCCAUCGUCUGGUGCGGCGGUGGUUGCUGCGAUUGAAGUUGCAAAGCGGCCCGAAUAUGCUGGGAAAAUGGUGGUGGUAUGUCUCUCCCCUAACCUGACACCCCCCCUCUUUCACUUUCCCCUUCUCUCCCCUCUUUGCCUCCCCCCACCCUCCCAGUCUCUCGUGCACACCCCAACCUCCACACCGUUCUCAACCUUCCGCGAUUCUUCACUUCCGCUUCCGCCAAUGGCAGCGCUCCGCCAUCCGCCCUGCGCCGCGCUUGCUUCCCCAUGGCUGCGCCCAGACGCGCGGCCGCUACUGCGACGACCCGCGGGCGCAGGCGGGGCGGAACGGCAUGUGCGCAAUCCGCCAACAGUUCGCGGAGUGCGGGCGGAUUCCCGCCGCGCGGAGAGUGAGGCGCGCGGGAAUUGCGCGGACUUGGCGGAGCAAGGGGGACUCGGCGUGACGAGACGAGCGCUCCUCUCGUCCUCCCUCCCCCUCUCCAUCGCCCUGCUUGCGCCCCCUGCUCUCGCGGUGCCUGCCCUCGGAGAUCCUUCAGUCACCAUUGCUGACGUCACCCGUGACGUCACGCCAGCUGGCAAGCUGCCUGCUGCUGAGGAAGCAACGGUGGCUCUGUUCGAGCGCACCACCUACUCAGUGGUGAAUAUAUUUGAUGUGACUCUGCGACCAAGCAUGAACACCACGGGGCAGGUGGAGGUGCCGGAGGGGAACGGGUCGGGCGUGGUGUGGAACAGCGACGGGUAUAUUGUUACCAAUUACCACGUGGUCGGGAGUGCACUCUCGCAAAACCCCCCUGCUGGAAGGACUAUCGCCAGAGUCACUCUGCUCGGGACAGACGGCUUUCAACGCAAUCUGGAGGGAGUGCUGGUGGGGGCGGAUCGGACCAAGGACCUUGCAGUGCUCAAGGUCUCUGCCCCUCCCAACCUCCUCCGCCCGCUCCCUCUCGGCGAUUCCUCCUCACUGCGGGUGGGGCAGCGAUCCUACGCCAUCGGCAACCCCUUUGGGUUCGACCACACGCUGACAGCAGGGGUGCUGAGCGGGGUGAAUCGCGAUAUCUACAGCGCAGCAGGCGUGGUCAUUGCAGGGGGCGUGCAGACAGACGCUGCCAUCAACCCCGGCAACAGUGGCGGCCCUCUGCUUGACUCGGCUGGAAGGCUCAUCGGAAUCAACACCGCCAUUUACACCAACACCGGCACAUCUGCCGGGGUGGGCUUUGCGAUUCCUGUAUCAGUGGUGGCGCGCGUGGUUCCCCAGAUCAUCCAGUAUGGCAAGGUCAUUCGCCCCACUCUCAACCUACAGCUGGCUGCUGAUGGCAUUGCCAGGCAGCUGGGUGUGGCAGCAGGGGCGCUGGUGCUCGGGGUGAAGUCUGGAUCAGCAGCGGCCAAGGCAGGGGUGACGGCAACCAGGAGGGGCUUUGCAGGCAACAUUGUGCUGGGAGAUGUGAUUGUAGCGAUUGAUCAGUACACUGUGAAAAUGGCUGCUGAUGUGGACAAGGCCUUGGAUGACCUGUCAGCAGGUCAAACUGUGUCGCUUCAGUUAUUGAGAAAUGGUGAGAAGGUGCUGGUGCAAUUUCCUCUUGAAGAGUCUUCAUAA